UCCUACUUUUAAACGACACCACGCCACCACUGGCAAAGGAGGGAGUUCACACGGGCACCGAAAAAGCAUGUUCCGCCACUAGAUCCGCCCACCCCAAUUUAUGCUUGAAUUUCGACCCGUGUUUGUUUUUGUCCGGUAAAAGUGCGAAAAAUGUAAUGAAAUUUGUCCAGAUUGUCGCGCAUAAACGAAUAAACACAGCAUCCGAAGACUGUCUUGUAGACAUUAAAAUAGAAAGGAAGCCGUUUAGGCCCCGGCGUCAAAAGUACCGCCCAGUGGCCACUGAGCGGCUAACGGUAAAGGAGAUGCUCGCGGUUUUUGAGGAAGCGGUGGCUGAGAACGACGACCGAGUAGAGCGGUCAGAUCGGACAGUCGGUCACCAGAGGAACGUGCUCAGUGCCGGCAUGAAGUCUCGUCAAGUCACGGUGCACACAGCAGAUAACCAGCAGCUAUUUGUGAUUAAACAAGAGGUUCUCUGUGAACCUUGGAAGUUGAAACCAAGUGUGGACCGCGGGAAACUAACCUGCUCUCAAAUAAAGGAAGAAGAGAAGGAUCUGUGCAUCAAACAGGAAGAUGGUGAUAUUAUUGCAGUGACUGUGAAGAGUGAGGAAGAUGAAGAGCAAACAGAGUCCUCUGUGUUCUCUGUAUUUCAUUCUCAGAGUCCCAGUAAGAACAAUGGAGCACGGAAACAACCAGAACUGUCUAAGGAGUCGGGCCUGGAUCGAUAUUCAGAACUGGGUAUUGAAGUCAAAGUUGAAGAGUCAUCUGAGACUGAAGACAGUGAAGAUGAGUCCAAGGACACAAGUGAAACACAAGCUUUUAAACCAGUAGCACUGAUUACAGUUUCUUGUGAUGAUAGAAGAAACAUGGAUGAAAAACUUAGAUGUUGCUUUUGUAGGAAACAGUUUAGUUGUAAGUCACGUCUGCUUCGUCACGAGAUGACUCAUUCAGGAGAGAAACCUUUUAGCUGCUCUAAAUGUGGCAAAAGUUUUACUGAAAAGGGAAAUCUCAUAACACAUGAAAAAAUUCAUACUGGAGAAAAACCAUUUGCCUGCUCUAAGUGUGGGAAAAGAUUUAGACUGAAAAACAGUUUGAGAACACAUGAGAAAAUUCACACGGGGGAGAAGCCAUUUAGUUGCUCUGACUGUGGAAAAGGAUUUACCCAAAAGAUAACUCUGCAGUUACAUGAGAGGAUCCAUACUGGGGAGAAGCCAUUUUGUUGCUCCGAGUGUGGGAAAUGUUUUCGACGAAAGAAUGACAUGUUGACACAUUUAAGACGCCAUACAGGAGAGAAACCAUUUAGUUGCCAUGAGUGUGGUAAAACAUUCAGCCAAAAGAUCAGUCUGAGUAAACAUAAAAAUAGUCAUAAAGGAGAGAAACCAUUUAGUUGCACAGAAUGUGGGGAGAGCUUUGGACUACAGAGUGAACUGGUGACACAUGUGAGACUUCAUACUAGUGAAAAAGCAUUCACUUGUGAAGAGUGUGGUGAAACAUUCAUCCAACAAAGCAGUCUGGACAGACAUUUAAAAGUUCAUAUGGGAGACAAACCAUUUAGUUGCCCUGAGUGUGGGAAAACAUUCACCCAACAGAGCAAUCUGAAUAAACAUCUAAAGAUUCAUACAGGAGAAAGACCAUUUAGUUGCACUGACUGUGGAAAAAGAUUUGCCAUCAAGAGCAAUCUAAGAUUACAUGAAAAAAUUCAUUCAGGUGAGAAACCGUUCAGUUGUUCCGAGUGUGGGAAAAGAUUUAACCAGAAGAGCAACCUGAGGUCACAUGAAAGUAUUCAUACAAGAGAUAAACUUUUUAGUUGCUCUAUUUGUGGGAAAAGAUUUACCAUCAAAAGUAGCCUGAGGUUGCAUGAGAAGAUUCAUUCAGGAGAGAAACCAUUUAGCUGCUCCCAAUGUGGAAAAAAAUUCAUCCAAAAGAGUUAUCUGAGGUCACACGAGAGAACUCAUUCAGGAGAGAAACCAUUCAGUUGCUCCAAGUGUGGUAAAAGGUUUAACCACAAGAGUGGUCUCCGGGCACAUGAGAAACAUCAUUCAGAGGAGAUUUUGAACUCGGGAUUGCCAGAAUCAGAUUUGGUUGUUUUUGUGUCACAUCACGCCAGAGACCUCGUCAGUGCCACUCUGCUGCAAGGAGACUUGUUUGCGCAGCAUGCCGUACAGUUCCCAGAUGCAGCACUGGAAACCACGGUGGAGGCCUACCCCACGUUGAACAAGGCCAAGCUGAGAACGGAGCUCUCCCUCAUCUACGAUAACAACGAGUUCAAGGCUUGCAGCGGUGCACUGACUCUGUUCCAGUUUUUCAGGGAAAACAACCUUCAGGGCACAUUCACUGAGACCGUCAGUCUUCUCAAUAUUCUCAUCACCACCCCCAUGACAACGGCAGAAUCUGAGAGAUGCUUCUCUACUUUAAAGAGGAUCAAGACCUUCCUGAGGAACGCCAUGACGCAGGAUAAUCUAAACGCUCUGGCCAUGCUCUCCAUGGAGAAGAAACUGGUCAGAAACAUCCCUGACUUCAAUAACAGGGUCAUUGAGAGCUUUGCUGCUCAGAAGGACCAAAGGGCCAAAUUCCUCCGCCGUGGCUGUCGCUACUUACAGCGGAUAAGGAACGACGCUAGAAGCUUUCGCCGAGCUGCUACACUACAGCCUGCAGAGGAGACGAUUCUUGGUGCACGCAAAGACAAAGUGGAGCAGAAGUCAGAACAGAAGAGAAUGAUGCUCUGUGUCAGACUGAACUCCGAAAUCAGACUUCGCAGAGAAGUUUCCUCAAGCUAUAAAAACCAUAACCACAUUGUUCUUUCUAUAAAUAAAAGUAAAAUGGCCGCAAAAAGAAAAAGCUACACUGCAGAGUUUAAACUGCAACUUGUAAAGUAUGCAGCUGAAAAUGGUAAUCGAGCAACAGAAAGGAGGUUUGGGGUGAGUGAGAAACUUGUCAGAGACUGGCGAAAAACAGAGGCAUGUCUUAUAGCCAUGAAAAAAUCAAAGAAGGCUAACCGUGGGCUGAAAGCACGGUGGCCAGAGCUGGAGCAACGGCUCCACCGAUGGGUCCUUGACCAGGGCGCUGCUGGCAGACAUCCAUCUACAAUACAGUUACGUCUCCAUGCUCAGCUCAUCGCCGCGGAGAUGAAUAUAACAGAUUUCGCCGGCGGACCUUCUUGGUGCUAUCGCUUCAUGCACCGCUUCAUGCACCGCAAACACUUGCCAAGCACAGCACCGACCACCAUGUUUCAGAACCUGCCCCCAGACUUUCAAGUUCAGUUUGACAGUUUCCGUGUUUUUGUUAAAGAGCAAGUGACUGCACACCAUGUGUUACCCGACCAUAUAAUCAACAUGGACGAGGUCCCCAUCACAUUUGACAUCCCAAUUAAACAAAGUGUUGCUGAGAAGGGUCAAACAGGUGUGACCACAGUGACAGCUGGCCUGGAGAAGUUUCACUUCACGGUGGUGCUGGGAUGCUGUGGUGACGGUUCAAAGUUGCCCCCCAUGGUCAUUUUCAAGCGCAAGACCGUGCUGAAAACCAGGUUCCCCUUCGCUGUUGUCGUGGCCUCAAGUGAGAAAGGGUGGAUGGAUGAAGACACGAUGAACUUGUGGCUUAAAAAGUGCUACUCAAGACGCUCCGAUGGCUUUUUGAAAACACACAAAGCCCUACUUGUGAUGGAGAGUUUGCCAGCAUACAUAACUGCAGGCAUUAGAAGCAAAAUCGAAGCUUGCAACUCCAUCCCGGUCAUCAUCCCUGAAGGCCUAACUAAGAUGCUCCAGCCACUCUACAUUGCCGUCAACCAGAGUUUUGAGGCGGCCUUGCGUAGCCUGUGGGAUGCGUGGGUGUUGGAUGGCGAGCAGAGUUUAACGACAACUGAACGCUAUCCAACUUUCCAGCAAGUUGUCGGAUGGAUUGACAAAGCAUGGAGCGCAGUGGCAACAGAAAGCAUCCUGUUGGGAUUCAGACAGGCUGGACUAACUGGACCAGAGGCUGAUGAAAACCAGCAGCUGUUUGGGGAGUGGGAGGGACCGCCAGAUCAACCUUUUAUUAAAGAGGAAGAGGAGGAAGUUUAUAUUCCAGAAUAUGAGUUUGAUUUCGCUGCCAACACUUCACUGAGUGAGGAAGAUGAGAAACAAUGUGAGUCUUUACAGUUUCAUAACCAGAACUACAAAUGGGAGAACAGUCCAGAAGGAUCAGAACCAGCCAGAGGUUCUGGUCCAAAUAGAGACUUAAUGUCUGCAGCCGAGGACGGGACUGUAGACUUUUGUGAGGGUUAUGAUACCCAACAGCUGACUGGGAUUAAAGAACAGUCAACCAUUGAGCAGAUAGAUUGGAGAACCAACAUCAAAGAGGAAGAGGAGGAACUGUGCAUUCAUCAAAAUGAUGCUGAUAUAAAGGCUGUGAGUGUGAAGAGUGAAGAUGAUGAGGUGAAACCCCAGUCCUCAGGCCUUAACCCUCAGAAUCCCACAGAUAAGAACUCUGAAGACUGUGGUGGACCAGUUCUUUGCUGGAACUUUGGUACAGACGUGCAUUUAGAAUCUGACACUGAAGAGGAGACGGAGGACAGUGAAGAUGAUUGGAAGGAGAGCAGUGAACCUUCCAGUUUAAAGACAUUUGGUAACAAUGGCAUUCUCAGUAAAAGGCCAAGAAACACUGGUGAGGAACUCGGCUGUCCUGAAUGUGGGAAAACAUUUGCUUGUAGGUCAUAUUUGCUGAGACAUUUAAAAAGACAUACUGGAGAGAAACUGUUUAGUUGCACUGAGUGUGGGAAGAAAUUCACCGAGCGGGGCAGUCUUAGGAUGCAUUUGAGAAUUCACUCUGAAGAGGAACUCUUAAGUUGCUCAGAGUGUGGGAAAAGAUUCACACGUGAGACACAUCUGACAAGACAUAUGAAGAUUCACACAGGAGAGAAACCAUUCAGUUGCUCCGAGUGUGGUAAAAGAUUUACAGAAAAGGGUAGUCUGACAAUACAUGAGAGAAUCCAUGUAGGUGAGAAACCGUAUUGUUGUUUUGAAUGUGGGAAGAGAUUUACCCGGGAUACGCAUUUGAAAAGACACGAGAGAAUUCACACCGGGGAGAAACCGUUUACUUGCUCUGAAUGUGGACAAAGAUUUUCCCAGGAAACGCAUCUGAGAAGACACGUGAAAAUUCAUACAGGAGAAAAACCGUUUGGUUGCCCCGAGUGUGGGCAAAGGUUUACCAGGGAGACACAUCUUCGUAGGCAUGUGAAAAUACAUACAGGAGAAAAACCAUUUAGUUGCUCUGUUUGUGGGAAAAUGUUUACCAGGGAGACACAGCUGAGAAGGCAUGAGAAAAUGCACACAAAAGAGAAAGGCUGCAGUUUCACGGAAUGUGCAGAUGCGAAUCCAUGGGUUGAGCAUUUGUCUUUUGAUGAUAUGGUUGUGGGUUUGAUACCCAGGUCUGAUGGUUUAAAUGCCACUGAAUGAACACCUUCGGCAGGUAAGUGGCAAAAACCUCGAGAUGAAAGUGCUGACGUCAAGAAUAGAUAAUUGUUAGGUCAGAACAUACAUAUUUUACUAUGAGAAUAUUUGCUUAAAAUGUUUCUAAAAACAUUUUAAAAAUUGUGUUGGAAAAAUCACGCAGUUAUGUGUGACAAUCAGUUCUCAUAAUCACACAAAUGUCACACAAACUGCACAGGCUAGUUAAUACUUAGUAUUUGGAAUAAUAAUUUUCAGUUCAGUUAAUCUGUAUCUUGGUAAAAUCUUUGUUUAUUCUUUUGAGAUUUUUUGGGUUUUAAAAAAUAUUUUUGUCAUAACCUGACAUCUGUGGCAGGAAGACAGGAUUUUUGUUACAACAAUGUCCUAGAGAUCUUUGUUUUUCUGGGCUAAGAUUUUCAUGUUCAGAUUAACAUUUAGGAAACAACUAUUUGUCAUUGUGAUAGCGCACCACUGCACACAACCAAAUAUGACCUCUGUUUUUAACCCAUCACCAACAGGGGGCAGCUUUAAGCGCCCGGGAACGGUGCCAUGCUCAGAGCACCUCAGCGGUAACUUGGCGUGAAGCCUUCGUCCGCUUCCUUAACCACUAAGUCACCACUGAUCCACUUAGCAUUUUUGGUUACAAUUUUUGGUUACAAUUUUUUUUCAAAUCUAGCUGAGAUUUGUGAAUCGGGUCCAAAAGAAUAGAAUUGUGUCAAUUGUUAGGUUAAUUCUUAUCAAGAGGCCUAGUGUUGAUGGAACUACUCCAGCUGUAAUGCUUGUUUCUGGAAGAAGGAUAAAAAAUUUAAAGUAAAGUUUUUUUCCUGAA